AGAGGCAUCUUUGCAGAAAGAGGCAACUUGACAUAUCAGGACUCUUACCACUGUAGAAAUAGCUCAGGCAUACAAAGCCCAUGCAAACACAGAAUUGCAGAAGUUCAGUAGAGGCUUAUCACUUCCCUGAGAAGAAAAGCACAUUUUCAGUUUCGUAUGCAUAAUAACAGUGAGCGCUCAAUUGCUUUCUUUCCUGGCCACCCUGCUAAAAUCCAGUAUUAACUGUACGUUUUCAGGUUGAGGAUCGAGAUCCAGCAGCCCACUCAGCCCGUGAAAAAGCUAAGUCUUUGCUGCAUAAAUUAGAGGAAGCAAUCUCGGAACAACGGAAUCUCUGGACUAUAAAUACUGAGUUAGUGAACACUUGCCAGACACUUGAGCAGAAGACGAGAAAAUUGAAAACAACAACUGAAUCACUGAGAAAGAAAUUAAUUAAAGGACGCCUCCAUGGCUUGCUGUUUCAGAGCUGUUUAGAUGAGAAAUCUCCUCACUCUGAUCCCUUGUCCUGCACAGAUGGAAUUCAACAACCAUUUCAAGAACAACUGAUGCCUUGCAUCUAGAGAGUCUCACAGCAAUUCCACGGCUGGAAUUGACACUUUUCUCAGGUGUAGCCAAACAAAUCCAGGUUUCAUGUGAAAGCCCCAACUAUGGAGAAAUAGAGGAUGGUGCUUUGGAUGUGACUAGAAGACACAAGUGCCCAGGCCCUAAAGUUGGCCCCCAACCAGGAACGGAUCCUUUAGGUUGCAUCAGGAUGAAUGAUGACCUAAGGAUGGAAGAUAAUGGUGUUGAAUGCUUGUAUUCUGAGAGUGUGCCACAGUCCAGAGAAUGUUCUACACUGUCAUCUCCUGGACAUGCUUCAUCCACAGAGAGUGCUGUGACUUCAAGUGAUUCUGGGUCAGAAAUUUUGAAUAUGGCUUCUGGUGACCUUGACUGUAAAUCACUCUGUGAGAAAGAGGAAGAUACAAGAUCAGCUUCUGCUAUGAUAGAGAUCACAGGCAAAAGUCCAGUUCCUGAGAAUAUUGCAUUCCAAGGCUCCGUGAGUGAGGACAAAACCAUGUUAAAUCUGGAAGCCAAAGAGGAACCAGGAACAAUAGAUGAGCAUAGAAAAGAAUGUGCUGCAGGAGACACUGCUGUUUCCUCUGUUCCUGUAACCACUGUGAAAUCAGUUAACUUUAGACAAAGCGACAACACUUCUGCUAAUGAGAAGGAGGUGGAGGCUGAAUUUCUCAGAUUAUCUUUGGGAUUUAAGUGUGACUGGUUCACCUUGGAGAAAAGAGUGAGGCUUGAAGAAAGAUCACGAGACUUGGCCGAAGAAAAUCUGAAAAAAGAAAUAACUAACUGUUUAAAGCUGUUAGAGUCUUUAACACCACUAUGUGAAGAUGACAACCAUGCCCAGGAAAUUGUUAAGAAGCUGGAGAAGAGUAUAACAUUCCUUAGUCAGUGCACUGCACGAGUGGCCAGUAGGGCUGAGAUGCUGGGAGCCAUUAAUCAGGAAAGCCGGGUUAGUAAAGCAGUUGAAGUGAUGAUUCAGCAUGUAGAAAACCUGAAGAGAAUGUAUGCCAAGGAGCAUGCUGAAUUAGAAGAACUGAAACAAGUUCUUCUGCAAAAUGAAAGGUCUUUUAACCCUCUUGAAGAUGAAGAUGACUGCCAAAUUAAAAAGCGUUCAUCUUCUCUAAACUCCAAGCCAUCUUCUCUCCGAAGGGUGACCAUUGCCUCUUUGCCCAGAAAUAUUGGAAAUGCAGGAAUGGUGGCUGGGAUGGAAAAUGACCGAUUCAGUAGGAGGUCAAGCAGCUGGCGUAUUUUGGGGUCAAAGCAGAGUGAACACCGUCCCUCAUUACACCGAUUUAUUAGCACCUAUUCCUGGGCAGAUGCUGAAGAAGAAAAAUGUGAACUAAAAACUAAAGAUGACUCAGAACUCCCUGGAGAAGAAAUAGUAGAAAGGACAAGAAAGCCAAGUCUUUCUGAAAAGAGAAAAAAUCCAUCAAAAUGGGAUGGCUCUUCAAUUUAUGACACAAUAGCUUCCUGGGCAACAAAUCUCACGACUUCCAUCACAAAAGCAAAUAAGGCACUCUGGCUUUCUGUUGCAUUCAUCGUACUGUUUGCAGCUUUGAUGAGCUUCCUCACAGGACGAUUUUUCCAAAAGUCUGUGGAUGCUGCUCCCACACCAGAUGGGGACUCCUGGAUGUCUCUAGAACAAAUCUUGUGGCCAUUUACCAGACUCCAACACAAUGGACCACCACCAGUGUGACUACAGCAUAUCUUACUGUGUGUGUGUGUCUUGAUUUUUAAAGUUUCAGUAACUGAACUUCGUAAAUUAAGUCAUUUUUAGUUGGGAAAUUAUAGCUUAGAACCAGAGGGUCUCAGAAGGACCGUAAGAUAUUUUAUACUCCCUCUUUCUGUGAUUUCCUCUCUAAAAUACAAUGGUGAGGAAGCCUGCCUAUGAUCUUUUAAUGAGCUUUUUGAGGAGGAGAUAUUAUAUAUUGUUUGUUAAAAUGUAUUGAAAUAAAGAACCACUCAAAUCUUCAUAGAG